AUGCUAGGUGCCUUCAGAUCCACACUUGUGGCCUACGGUGGCUACUUAUGGAAAAAAGCACCCAGAAUGUCACAACCUCAAAAACAGAGACUCAGGAGACGCAUGCAGCUCGUGGAUCACAACAUCGAGGUGCUCUACCAAUCACUCAAACCUGAGAACGAGGUAUCCACCGGUUUCAAGAAGAUCGAUGCCUUGAAGUUUGACUUCCCCAAAGAAUACGAGUUGCUGACGAAAGACAAGUAUACGACGUUUGACAAGAAGGUUCGUGGCUACAGAAAGUCGGUGCACUUCAAUUUCUGA